AUGGCGGCUACUGCCCACACCAAGACAGUGCAGGAGGUGCUUGAGAUGUGUGCGGUUGACCCCAAGGUUGGAUUGUCGGAGCAGGAGGUUUUGAGCCGUAGAGAGAUCUUCGGUCUCAACAAGAUGCCGUCCAAGGAGAGGCUUCCCCUCUGGAAGAGAUUCGUCGCUCAGUUUGACGACAAGAUGGUCCACAUCCUCCUUGCGGCUGCUGGAAUCUCCAUCUUCUUCUCCUUCUUCGAUGCGCAACCGGACGAGCAUCCGUUCGUAGAACCUGCCGUCAUCCUCUCCAUCCUCAUCCUCAACGCCUGCAUCGGAGUCUGGCAGGCGAAGGUUCUGCGUGAGGGGAAGACGCGCAUUAUCGACGCUGCUGAGCUCGUGCCCGGGGAUGUGGUGGAGGUGGCAGUUGGCGACAAAGUUCCAGCAGACAUGCGCGUAGUGGAGAUGCAGUCGACGGCGUUGAAGGUGGAGCAGGCGGCGCUGACCGGAGAGGCAGCUAGUGUGAACAAGAACCCUUCCUUUCUCUCCCCCGCCAUCGACGACGAGCUCGCGCAGAAGGAGAACAUCAUGUUCGCUGCCACUGAUCUUGUCUACGGCAAGUGUCAAGGUGUUGUCAUCAAGACAGGUUCUCAGACUGAGAUCGGAAAGAUUGCUCAAGCCCUCACUGAGACCGAAGAUCAGGAAUCUCCCCUCAAGGAAAAGCUCGAUCAGUUCGGCGAGCUGCUAACAGAUGUGAUCAAGUGGAUCUGUCUCGCCUGCUGGCUGGUCAACGUUCCUCAGUUUAGCGCUAAGGGUCUAAUGCUUACGGGGCUGCGAGAAGUGACAUGGAAAGUCUGGCUGAAGGGAGCCAUGCACUUCUUCAAGAUCGCCGUGGUUUUGGCUGUUGCCGCAAUCCCUGAAGGACUUCCAGCAGUUGUUACCACCUGCCUGGCUCUCGGUACUGGUCGGAUGGCUCGUCGUAACGCGCUUGUGCGUCAUUUGCCUGCCGUAGAGACGCUCGGAUGCACCAGCAUCAUCUGCUCAGACAAGACCGGGACGUUGACGACGAAUCAGAUGUCUGUGCAGCGAGUGCUAGUGAUGGAGAAGGAAGGCUACAUGGAGCUGGAGGUCGAGGGCAUCACCUACGCUCCUACUGGUCGCGUUCUGCUCAAGAACAAAUCUGUCACUGCCGACGACUACAGGCAUGCUGCGAGUGAUGGAGUGGAGAAUUCCCUCAACGAGCUCAGCAAGAUUUCAUCUCUUUGCAACCAAGCAGGAAUCGUGAAGACACAAACUGGCACCUGGGAAAGAAUCGGCGAGAGCACUGAAGCGGCUCUGAAGGUCCUCACCGAGAAGCUCGGAGCCCAAGGAGCUCAGGGAAUGCAAGGAGACACUCCAGUCAACGACUACUGGAGCUCCAAAUAUGUCAAGCUGGCGACUCUUGAGUUCAACCGCGAGAGGAAGAGCAUGUCGGUCCUCGUAGCAAGUCCGGGAGAGGACAAGGUGCUGGACCGGAAGCUCUCGGCGUCAGACCCUCGCCUGCAGGACCCGAGCAAGUUUGAGGAGGUCGAGAGCGACCUGACGCUCGUGGGGCUGACUGGGAUCCUCGAUCCUCCCCGCGAGGAGGUCAAGGGAGCCAUCCAGGCAUGCAAGCGCGCGGGCAUCCGCGUCAUGGUCAUCACAGGAGACAACCCCAAGACUGCAGAGACGAUCUGCCGGAUGAUCGGAGUGCUGGAGGAGGGGGAGGCAGCGGAAGGCAAGAGCUUUACGGGCAAGCAGUGGUCGGCGAUGAGCCUGGAGGAGAAGAGGAAGGCGAUCAAGACGGCGAAGCUCUUCUCGCGCACCGAGCCCAUCCACAAGAAGGACAUCGUCGAGCUCCUGCAGGUGCCGGUGGAGGAGGGAGGACCCGGCGAGACAGCGGCGAUGACGGGCGAUGGAGUCAACGACGCUCCUGCCCUCAAGGCAGCGUCCAUCGGAGUGGCCAUGGGGAGCGGGACGUCGGUGGCGCAAGGAGCAGCGAAGAUGGUACUGGCUGAUGACAACUUCAUCAGCAUCGUCGGGGCUGUGGAGGAGGGUCGGGCGAUCUACGCCAACACCAAGGCGUUUAUCCGUUAUCUCAUCUCCUCCAACAUCGGCGAGGUCGUCUGCGUCUUCCUCUCCGUCCUCCUCGGCCUCCCCGAGGUUCUCAGCCCCGUCUCCCUCCUCUGGGUCAACCUCGUCACCGACGGGCUCCCUGCCACUGCUCUCUCCUUCAACCCCGCAGAGCCCGGCAUCAUGUCCCUCCCUCCUCGCAGGCGAGACGAGCAGCUUGUGGACGGCUGGAUGCUGACCCGGUACCUGCUGACGGGCAUCUACGUUGGAGUUGCGACGGUGUGGGGGUACGUGUGGUGGAUGUGCGUCAACGCUCAGGGACCGCGCAUGUCCUUCCGUCAGCUGCGAGGGAACAUGCAGUGCAUGCCGGGAACCAAGUUCGCCAACGGGUGA